UUCCCUCGUUCGCUCGCUCCAGAUAGAGAGAGAGGAGAGGCAACAGUUCUUGCGCCGAGUCCCUGCCGCGAGGUCCUGCCUAGCGGAGCCCGCGGAGCCCCGAGCGCUCUCUCAGUCGAGCCGAGCAAGAGAGCCUUUCAGUUGCCUUGGCUUUCGCAACGCGAGAACGUGAGACGACGUCGGCAGCGCGUAGAGCCCGUCGUCGGCCUUUGGCGUUUGUACAGGGCGCCGCCGUCAGUCAGUGCCCCCGCGGCCCCGAGCAGUGCGACCGCAGCUGGAUAACCUCUCCGCAGCCAUGGGCCAAGCCAAGGGUUUCAAUGGCCGUUUAGCCUUUGCUAUUGCAGCGGCAGCGUUGGGUUCAUCAUUCCAACAUGGUUACAACACAGGAGUGGUCAAUGCACCUCAAAAGCUUAUUGAGGACUGGAUUACAAGUGUGGAAGCUAAUAGAACAGGAGACCCAAAUGUGAACCAAGGAAAGGUGACGAUGAUUUGGUCCAUAGCUGUAUCAAUAUUUUGUGUGGGUGGUAUGAUUGGUGGCUCCAUCACUGGUUUAGUGGCUGAUCGCUUUGGUCGAAAGGGUGGUCUUCUUCUUAAUAAUGUAUUUGUUAUUCUAUCAGCCAUCCUUCAAGGAGCUUCAAAAUCUGCUGGCUCUUAUGAAAUGAUUAUUCUUGGAAGAUUUCUUAUAGGCAUCAAUUCAGGCCUAAAUGCUGGUUUGGCACCAAUGUAUUUAGCCGAGAUAUCACCCAUCCACCUUCGUGGAGCAGUUGGAACAGUGUAUCAGCUGGUCAUUACUAUUUCAAUUCUUGUAUCCCAAAUUCUUGGUUUGGGAUCUCUUUUGGGAACUGAAGACAAAUGGCCGGUUCUACUUGCUAUCACUGUUGUUCCUGGAAUUUUCCAACUGGUCACCCUUCCACUAUGCCCAGAGUCCCCCAAAUAUCUACUGCUUGGGCGUGGUCAGGAAGCUGAAGCUAAUUCCGCUCUGCAGUGGCUUCGUGGAACAAUUGAGGUUCAUGAUGAGAUGGAUGAGAUGACAAAUGAAUAUGAAUCAAUGAAACGUUUACCUAAAGUCACAAUGAAAGAAAUGUUUACCAAUCAGCUUCUUCGUGUUCCCCUCUUCAUUGCCAUGAUGGUUAUGAUUUGUCAGCAGCUCUCUGGUAUUAAUGCUGUGAUGUUCUUCUCUACUAAAAUUUUCAAGUUGGCUAACUUGAAUGAUGAAGAAGCCCAGUACGCAACGUUGGGAAUGGGUGCAAUGAAUGUUUUCAUGACUUUGGUUUCACUGGUUUUGGUUGAACGUGCUGGACGCAAAACUUUACUUCUCAUUGGUUUUUCUGGAAUGUGCAUUGAUACAGCUCUUCUGACAAUUGCUCUUGCCUAUGUGAACUCUGCGGCAUGGGUUUCUCAUAUCAGUAUUGUUCUGGUCAUUGUGUUCGUCAUUAUGUUUGCUGUUGGACCUGGAUCCAUCCCAUGGUUCUUAGUGUCUGAGCUUUUUAAUCAGUCGGCAAGACCAGCCGCUACAUCUCUUGCUGUUGGAGUAAACUGGACUGCCAACUUCAUUGUUGGUCUGGGUUUCCUUCCUCUUCAGGAAGCAAUGGGAGGCUACGUUUUCAUUAUCUUCACUGUUCUUCUGGCACUGUUUGUCGCCUUUGUUUACUACAAAGUACCUGAGACAAAGAACAAGACAAUGGAAGAAAUUUCUGCAAUGUUCCGUCAGCGCUCCUAUCAGUGAACAUGAUCAUCAUCCUGGAUCUAAUUCUUGUUUUAGUGCAAAAUUUGAGCCUAUUUCUAUUUUCCUUACAAGGCAAGACAGAUUUCUAGUCUUUUGUGUUGAAAGUAUUACAAGGCUCCGUGCAGGUAUUUUAACUUCCAUAAUUAUGACCUCAAACCUGUUGUGAUAUAAAAAAAGGAGGAAGUAAUCUGCUAAGGAAAGUCAUGCAGUCCCCAUCAAACAGUUCACUAAGAUGUUUAACUAUUCAGAAGACUGAUGGGUACAAGCAUAGCGUGAUAGUAUAUGUAUCAUUGUAGACUUGCAUUACUUAGACUCUCAGUAAUUUCAUGACAUAUUUUUAAGGCUGUGGUGUCCACUAUCUGUAAGACAAUUCAAACAUUUGAAGCAGGUAUUGACUUUAUCAAUCCCCUCUUCUCAUAAUUGGACAAGUGGUUUCAUUUUACAGCCUAUCCUUGUGCUUAGCAAAUGUUCUCAGCUUAUCUGUGUGUAAAUGGGCACUGCUUCCUCUGUGGAUGUGAAUCAUUCUGUUUAAAUGAAACAUUGUGACCCUGAGGGCAUUUUAACACCAGUGUGUCAGAAAGAAUGGUAUGCAACUAAUAAUAAUUUUGUAUGGAUGUUGGUGUAUGAAGUGAGACUGAAUUCUUGAUUGACAAAUUAAAUAUUUUUGUUUAUAUGUGUGCUUUGGUAUGUACCAUGUCUUAAUGUGACAUAAGCAUCCAUAUUUAAGUGAAAGAUGUAUUAUUUAGAUAACAAUAAUUAUUAUUGAUUGUCCAUUGUCAUGUCAGGCCAUUCUAGUUUUAUUUUUACUCCAUGCCAAAUAGUUGUUUUAAUUGCUGAAUUAUGUUAAAGAGAUUUGCAAGAGUAUUUCUCUACAUGAUUCAAUAUCUGUUUGUUUUAAUCUUAAAGUGUGCAUUGUUUUAAUUUUUCAUCAUCCAUCAUUCAUCUAUUAUUAUAUGUACAUAAUCAUCUAGUUGUAUAAUAUUGAUUUUUAGAGUUAGACCACUACUAGCUAUGAAAUAUAUCUAGUAUCAAAGUGAGAUUCCUAUUACCAAUGUACUUUAUGUUAUAUUGAGGUAGAAGAGAAGAGUUCUUGCCUUUUAGUAUAUCAAGUUAAACAGAGAGUCCAUAUGGCAUUCUUGCUUUACAAACAAUAAAAUUUUGCUGGUUGAAUAGAAACUACUCACCAUGCAAAGAGAAAGCAAUAAAACUUAAUUUAGACCUACAGCUUGAAACAUUAAUAUUUGUCAAUGUAUUGCUUAGAGCUCUUGACACAAAAUUUGAAAAAAAGAGAUUGUAAUGUUUUUGAGCAAGCUAACUGUUAUUAGAUUUAUUCCCUUUUCUGUUUCCUAACUUCAUUUCAGUUUAUUGGUAACUUCUCAUGCCAUAUUGUGUUCAAUCAGUGUGAAUUCAAUUAGUCUGUUUAUCUUACGAGAAGAAGGGUCAUACAAUACAAUACAUUCAAUUCACUUGUGGAGAGAUUUAUUUUUUUAUACAUUGCAGGAAAACUAAAUAAUAAAGGACUGAAGGACAUCGGUUCAGAAGAAGCCACAAACGAAUGAAAAUAUUGAACCAUUGUUUCCUGUUGACCAUGAAAUACCCGGUAAUACCACAUCAUUUUGUGCCAAGCAUAUAGAGACUGUGCGCUCUCUUGAACCAAUUGUCCUUAUUUAAGAGUCCUGUAUUUAUUUCUGAUGCACACAUGGCCUGUGUCACUAUUGUGAACAAUUUGUGUUCUUGUGUUUUUAAUUUAAAGUUCUUAACACUUGUCUUUUGGAGCAUUGUUGACAUUGAUUGAGUGCAAUUAAGUGAAUAGAAUAUUUCCUUCCUCCUACAUUAUGAAGUUAAUUCUCUGAAAAUGUUAAGAGAAAAUGUAGUUAACUUCCAGUUGAGUUUAUUGAUACCGUAAUUUUGAUAUUUUAUCAUAAUUUGUUUUAUACCAGAAAUCUUGCAAUUGUUUUGCUCUAGUUCUGAAGGAGAUGCAUAGGAAGGUUGCUUUGUUUUGUUCGUCAAUACAAAGCUACUGAUGGAUGUUAUGUUUUGUUUUGUCUUGUUUGCACUGGUGAAGGGGGAAAACAUAUUUUUGAUGAUUUUUAUUUUUAGAUUGGCCCUUAUGUUUGUAAUAUGAUUGCAGGUAAAGCCAAUAUAAAAGUAUUUUAAUACCAUUCAGGAAUGUAUGUUCGCUUUAUAAAUCCAUGUACUUUACCAGUGCAUGCUUAACACUAAUUGCUCUACCUCAAUUGAGGAAUUGUUGUCCGACUCUAUAUGAGGAAAUGUAACUAUUUUGUACAUUGGUGUAAAUUGAAAUAUCACUAGCUGUCAAUGUGUCUAAUUUAUGCUUCUUUGUUGAAAUGCGACAAGUUGUCGAAAAGACGAGGACGUUCAUUUGGCUUUUGUUGGAUGACGUGCCAUUUGAUGUGCCGUUGUGGACUGUUACUGUAGGCGUGUACAGUGUUGUUACAAGCAUAUGAAAGUAACAUUGUGCAUACAAUUAUAUAGUAAAGAAAUGAGUAUACUGGCUU